GGCUGUGUCUUUGCUCCGGACGCUUGUCCCACAGAUUUCCUCCAACUCCGGAGCCGUUGCUCUGUCCUGCAGAUCUCCACCGGCGACAAAUCCAUGGCUGAGCGCGGCGAACUCGAUCUCACCGGCGCCAAACAGAACACCGGAGUGUGGCUAGUCAAGGUUCCUAAAUACUUGUCACAGCAAUGGACUAAAGCCCCCGGAAGAGGUGAAGUUGGGAAAUUACGGAUUGCCAAGAUUCAAGGAAGGACUGAGGUGUCAUUUACUUUGAAUGAGGAUCUUGCAAAUAUCCAUGAUAUUGGUGGAAAACCAGCAUCAGUCAGUGCUCCUAGAGAACACCCAUUUGUUUUGCAAAGUGUUGGAGGACAGACAUUGACAGUAUUUACUGAGAGCUCCUCAGAUAAACUUUCAUUGGAAGGAAUAGUGGUACAAAGAGCUGAAUGCCGACCUGCUGCUAGUGAAAACUACAUGAGAUUAAAGAGAUUGCAAAUAGAAGAAUCUUCCAAGCCUGUAAGACUAUCGCAACAGCUGGACAAAGUUGUAACAACCAAUUACAAACCUGUUGCUAAUCAUCAAAACAAUAUUGAGUAUGAAAGGAAAAAGAAAGAAGAUGGAAAGCGUGCUCGAGCUGAUAAACAACAUGUUUUAGAUAUGCUGUUUUCAGCUUUUGAAAAACAUCAAUAUUACAAUCUUAAGGACUUGGUGGACAUCACAAAGCAGCCUGUGACGUACCUGAAGGAAAUCUUAAGAGAAAUUGGUAUUCAGAAUGUAAAAGGAGCCCACAAGAACACAUGGGAGCUGAAACCAGAGUACAGGCAUUACCAGGCGGAUGAGAAGAGUGAGUGA